CGCGCUGUGGAAAACAUGCGGCUCGGGGGACCCCCCCGCAACCCCGACCCGGGGUCGAGCACUCGGGGAGGUGCCGGCCACGUACAAUUUGGCAACUGUCACCAGAACCGGGCCAAGAACGUAAGACCCCCAUCUCCUAGACCCGCCGCGCCUUCAGGGGCUUGGGGCCACUGCAGGCCGAGGCGCUGCGACUCUCCCAGGGGAGACAGGCCGCCUGCCCUCCCCCGCUGCGAAGGCCGCCUUUGGCUGGGCGCUCGGCCGCCCUGCCCCGAAAGCCGCGGCCCCGCCUCGCGAAGUCCCAUCACCUCCUCAGUCGAGAGAAGCCACGCCUCUCCGGAGAGAUGCCUCGCCUUCCCUGUGGAGAGAGGCCAUGCCUCCCCCGAGAGAAGCCGCGCCUCCACGGUCGACAGAGGCCACGCCUCUCCGGAGAGAAGCCGCGCCUCCCCCGAUAGAGGCCACGCCUCCCCGGAGAGAAGCCGCGCCUCCCCCGACAGAGGCCACGCCUCCCCGGAGAGAAGCCGCGCCUCCCCUGACAGAGGCCACGCCUCCCCGGAGAGAAGCCGCGCCUCCCCUGACAGAGGCCACGCCUCCCCGGAGAGAAGCCGCGCCUCCCCCGACAGAAGCCGCGCCUCCCCCGACAGAAGCCGCGCCUCCCCAGUCGAGAGAAGUCGCGUCACCGCCGCUGAGAGAAACCGUGCCACCCCGGUCGAGACAUGCCGCGUCUGCCCCGCAGAGAGAAGUCGCGUCUGCCCGGCAGAGAGAAGCCACGCCUCCCCAUCCGACAGAAGCCGAGUCUGCCCGGCAGAGAGAAGCCACGCCUCCCCAUCCGAUAGAAGCCGAGUCUGCCACGCAGAGAGAAGCCACGCCUCCCCAUCCGAUAGAAGCCGAGUCUGCCCGGUAGAGAGAAGCCACGCCUCCCCAUCCGAUAGAAGCCGCGUAUGCCCGGUAGAGAGAAGCCACGCCUCCCCAUCCGAUAGAAGCCGCGUCUGCCCGGCAGAGAGAAGCCACGCCUCCCCAUGCGAUAGAAGCCGAGUCUGCCGGAUAGAGAGAAGCCACGCCUCCCCGUCCGAUAGAAGCCGCGUCUGCCCGGCAGAAAGAAGCUCCGCCUCCCCAUGCGAGAGAAGCCUCGCCUUCCCGUGCGAGACAAGCCACGCCUCCCCAUGCGAGAGAACACGCGCCUCCGCCGUGCCUCCCCCAUCUCCCCUACCCCAAGACUCCAAAGGGGCAGCGGAGGGGGGCGUGUCCUUGCGACUGAGGGCUCUAACGCAAGGGGAAAUGCUUCCGGUACAGAGGUCGUACAAGAUGGCGCCGCCCAUGGAGCUGUUCUGCUGGUCAGGGGGCUGGGGGCUGCCGUCAGUGGACCUGGACAGCCUGGCCGUUCUGACCUAUACCAGAUUUACUGGUGCUUCACUCAAGGUACACAAGAUUGCCAACCCCUGGAGGAGCCCUUCAGGAACUCUGCCUGCCCUUCGGACCAGUCAUGGAGAGGUCAUCUCAACACCACAAAAGAUCAUCAAUCACCUUCGAAAAGAGAAGUACAAUGCUGAUUAUGACCUGUCAGCUCGACAAGGAGCAGACACCUUGGCUUUCAUGUCUCUCCUCGAGGAAAAACUGCUCCCUGUGUUGAUACAUACUUUUUGGAUAGACACCAAGAACUAUGUAGAAGUGACCCGGAAGUGGUAUGCAGAGGCUAUGCCCUUUCCCCUCAACUUCUUCCUACCUGGCCGCAUGCAACGGCAAUAUAUGGAGCGGCUGCAGCUGCUGAAUGGGACAAACAGUCCUGAGAAUGAGGAAGAACUGGAGAAGGAGCUGUACCAGGAGGCUCGGGAAUGCCUAACCCUUCUCUCGCAGCGCCUGGGCUGUCAGAAGUUCUUCUUUGGAGAUGCCCCUGCCUCCUUGGACGCCUUCGUCUUUAGCCACCUGGCACUGCUACUGCACGUAAAACUGCCCAGUGGGAAACUACAGAUGCACCUUCGGGGGUUACAAAACCUCUGUACCUACUGUUCCCACAUUCUCAGCCUCUACUUUCCCUGGGAUGGAGCUGGGGUGCCACCUCCAUGUCCGACACCAGCAGCCCAAGAUACUGAAGAGGAGCCAAACCGGCGCCGAAACCAGAUCCUGUCUGUGCUAGCAGGGCUGGGAGCCAUGGUGUGCUAUGCCUUGCUCAGUGGAAUCAUCUCUAUCCAGAGGGCAGCCCCUCCUCAGACCCCAGGCACCCGAGCCCUGGACAUAGUUGAGGAUGAAGAGGAAUGAUUUGUUCCCAUGCUCUUAGGACUGGUUUUUCGAUUAUCAUGCAUUCCAUAGGUCCCUCUGGUUCUCCAUUGUUGAUACAGCCAGAAAUGGGGUACUCCCCAUCCCUAGAAUAAAGCUGCUCACACUGA